AUGAGCCGCUACCAGUACGUGCGCGAUAUAAUGGCGAAGCCAGUCCUCACGACUACCCCCGACACGGCGCUCAACGUGGCGCUGGGCACCAUGUUGCAGAAGCGCAUCCACCGCCUGCCCGUCGUGGAUUCGAGCAAUCCAAACAAGGUGGUGGGCAUCGUUACUGAGCGCAAUCUGCGCUUGGCCGCCGACAGCCCGUUCCUCGAGGAGAGCGCGCAGGAGGUGCUGGAGCACCUGGCCAAACACAAGGUGGGUGAAAUAAUGCGCAGCUCCGUGACCACCGUCACUGAAGACGCCUCCAUCGUCGAGGCAGCCAAGAUGAUGCGCGUCUCCAACGUUGGUGGCGUGCCCGUGCUCGACAAGCAAGGCCAGUUGGUGGGGAUCAUUACCCGAACGGACAUGAUCGACCACCUCAUCCGCGUUCUGGAGCCUCUGGACGAGGGACAGAGAGAAUAA